UCGGCAUGUCCUUGCUCCUGUCUGAGUGGGUAAGAAGAGGCAGAGUGGUCUGUCCACUGGCUGUUGAAGAGCUUUCUCUGGUGUCUGAGAAAGUCCAACCAUCAGAGAAAGUAUUGCUGAAGGCUGUCAGUAGUUUGGCUUCCCUGCUGAGAUACUGGACAGUCGGACGGUUAGACCUGACUGAGACCUGCAUCCCUGCUCAGUGUCUCAUUACACUGCUGCUUCAUGAUGGUCCUCUAACAAUCAAACUGAGUAAAAAGAACUUCCAGCAGCUUCUGGUCCUCCUCCAUGAAAUCCAGGACAAGAACUUGACUUUGUCCUUCUUGAGUAAGCUUGGUGGAGACCUGAGCUCCUGCUGUCUGAACUGGGAGCUUCUUCUCUAUCUGCUGCAGCAGUCGUCAGCUCAGACCAUCACUGUGGACCUGAGGAAGAACCUCUUCUUACAGGAGGAAACCACACGUCUGCUUCCCUUUCUGGACAGGAUUGUGUUUAAAAGCAGUUUAUGGAUCCUUUAAACAAAGUGUUCCGGCCCAGUCCCAGCUUUGUGAUGACCUCCAUCAGAGAGCUCCAUAAAGCUCAUGCCAGUCACGCUGUACCCAGGUUCCUGAGGUCAUUUGAUCAUGUGAUCGACCUGAGCAGCAGACAGCUGAACUCAGUGGACUGUGCUGCUCUGAUCUUCAUCCUCAAACAUGGAGACAAAGUUAAACUGAACCUCCUGUGGACCUCCAUACCAACAGAGGGAAUGGAGUCCAUCCUCUUCAUACUGCACAAAGUUUCUCAUCUCAGUGUUGACAGGAAUCAGCUGCUGAGGUUCAUCCACUGCUGUGCUGCCUGUGAUGCCCAGCAGGAGGCAGCAUCAGGCCUGCUGAGAGCUCUGCAGCACAGCUUGGAUCUGUCCUUCUCCUCCUGUGUAGAGCUACCAGAGGAGGAUCAGACUGAGCCUCUGAGUCUGAAAGCUGAUGACUGCAGGGCCAUCUCCACCAUCCUGAGACACAGCAGCCACAGACACACAGACACACAGCUCGACCUGCGAGACUGUGAGGUGGAGGGCAGCGUGCUGGACCUGCUGUUUCCUUUCCUCCACUUGGUCAACCUCAGAGUCAGUAAAACUGUCCUCCUCAAGCUGCUGUCUCUGGUUCCUGUGAACAGUGAGAGGGACACAGUGAGGCGGGCGGUGUCCCUGUGCAGAGCUCUGGGUGGAGAGCUGGAUCUCAGCCACACCACCCUGGAUCAGAGGGUCUGUGGGGCUUUGGUCCAGAUGCUGGACUCAUGUGAAGGGCUGACAGAGCUGGACCUCAGCCACUGUUAUCUCACUGACCAGCUGUUGCUCCCUCUCAUCACACAUCUGCACAAAGUCCAAGUCCUGGAUCUGAGUCACAAUCUGCUCACUGAUGCGUCGACUGCUGUGUUACUCCAGCUGCUCUCCAUCAACCCCUCCAUUAACUGUGUGCGACUCUUCAGCAACAACAUCGUGCACAGAGCAGCCUUUAAGGAACACGAGCAGUUUGAGAUCUGAAGCAGUCAUCAUCAUCAUCAUCAUCAUCAUCAUCAUCAUCAUCAUCAUCAUCAUCAGGGAGUCGUUGGUUUCCUCUCUUCUCGUCAUCAUUACAUUAAAGUAUUGGGUGGAGUGUGAGCGCUGAUGCUGUGUUCAUGGAGUCAUCAGUGUAGGAUACAGUGACAUUAGGUCAGAGGAGCUUUGAUGAUGAUCUGUUGCUGCUGUAAUGAUGCAGAUUUUCUCAUUGAGACCAAACAAAGAAUCCAUCACUGUCCUAUCAGUGCUGUGAGCCGAACUCAUUUAUUUU